AUGAGCGCGAUUCUUGCCUACGUACAUCGCUGGCGAUUAAACUCAAAGCUAGCGAAAUCUGAUCGCCGCAAGGGCCUUCUGUUCUUGCGGGAGUUAUCUUUCGGAUUGGUGACGCUUCUCAGGCUCCAGAAUUCCUUCCUCUCGGAAUCCGAAAAGCAUCCGAUCAUCCUUCCUAAGAACCAUCACGUCACCGUCCUACUUAUACGCAGGGCCCACAUAUCUACGUUACAUGGGAACUACCGUUUGGUGCACAAUUAUCUGUUGCAGAAAUAUUGGAUCCUGCGUGCCAAUACCAUCAUUCGGCGCAUUGUACGAAAUUGCGUCAGGUGCACUCGCCACAACGCCAUCACCCUCGAGCAGCAAAUGGCGCCGCUGCCGGCCAUCCGAGCCAAACCGGCUCUGCCAUUUGCGCACUUUGGAGUCGACUUCGCCGGCUACUUCUGCGUAAAGGCCUCAUCUGGGCGAGGGCAGAAGACCUCUAAGGGAUACGUGGCAGUGUUCGUGUGCCUCGUCGUCAAGACCAUUCAUCUGGAGCUGGUCUCUGAUCUGACGACUGACGCGUUCCUGGCGGCAUAUCGUCGCUUCACCGCCCGGCGUGGACUCUGUCAGAUCAUUUACUCUGACAACGGCAUCACCUUUAAGGGCAGCGAGGCCGAGCUACAUAGACUCUUUUCGGAGACCUCCGCCACCGGUCAGGCCGUAGCGGCUGCCGUGACGUCGGAUGGAGUGGAGUGGCGAUACAUCUCCCCUCGAGCUCUAAACUUCGGGGGCAUCUGGGAGUCCAACGUCAGGUCGAUAAAGCGUCAUCUUUACAGAAUCAUUGGCAACUCUAAGCUCACGUACAAGCAGCUGUCUACCGUGCUGGCCAGCACAAAGGCCUGUCUUAACUCCCGGCCGAUUAGCGCGCUCAGCUCGGAUCCGAACAACGCCUCAGCAUUGACGCCCGGACAGUUCAUCAUCGGGAAGCUCCUCGUUGCUCCCCCGGAACCUUUCACGGAGAUCAAUCAGCCGGGGCAACAAUGUUCCGGAUGGCGUCCGCUGCAGCUCAUGAGGAAUCACUUCUGGCAGCGCUGGAGGUACCUGGCGGAGUACCUGGCUCAGCUGCAACAGCGGUCCAAAUGGCUCAAGCCAAAUCGACAGCUUCAGGUGGGCGACUUGGUCCUCUUCAAGGACAAGCUGGCCCCUCCGACGAAGUGGCUGUUGGCCAGAGUGGUGCGACUUCAUCCUGAACAGAAUGGACUGACGAGAGUCGCCACCAUUCGCACAUCGGCUUCGGAGUUGGUGCAAUCCACCAAUAACCUCAUCUUGCUGCCAGUGCACGAAAAGACCAUCUCCAAUUUUAGUCAAUUCGAGUCAUUCAUGGCGGUGUAUUAG